AUGUUUGAAGAAGCUGAUAAAGAAAUACCAAAUAUUUCAACUUUAUAUGAGAAAGAUCCUGAUGCUAUAUAUACUAGUAGAGUUUUUGCAUUUAACGAUUUACAAAAACUCAUUAAUUCGCUAAUGAAGAAGGUAUUGAAGUAUUACUGUCAAGAUUCUCAAUUACAUGGCUUAGAAGUCACCAGGUCGUUAGAUAUCGACGAUGAAAAUGUUGCUGACUGCUAA